CGUGUCUUGGUGCGCCUGCUGCUAAUCUCGACCCUGACACCGACCGACGUCUUGGCCAGCAGCGAUUAUCCGACUUUUCGAAGUCUACUUUUCUGUGGCUGCAGCAUCCUUUCCGCGAAAGCCAUGCAGGACUCCCGUCGCUAAUCCCUUUCCGGGUGGCACAGGAGAAGUCGUGGACCCAAAAUCCAAUUUUCCCACCCUAAGCACUGCUCAUCUACGCCAGAUGUGUCGUGCGACCUGUAGUUGGCCUACAGGAUAUGAUAUUCGAUACCUUCUGUGCCGGAACCUUGGCUGGAUAAACUUUGCGACACGAUACUGCACAGCCCGGAAGACAAGGGACAGGGAUCAAUAUGACCAUGCGGCAGCGGUCGUGGUCUUCGGCCGCUUCAGAAGCUGCUGCCAAAAAGGCAGAAGAGGCUGCCUCUCUUCUGACGUCUCAUGAAGGCCGUACGUCUGACCCUGGUACCAAUGAAGACGGAGGCUCGAGGACUGGCAUAAGAGCAAUCGUCAUGCUGCAAGGCAAGCCAUUUUUCUUCCUGGUUUUCACGUGGAUCUUAUUCAUUGUGUAUAUUCUUCAUCCUUCAUCACCGAGUUUAACAUCAAUUGCGACAGCCGUAAAAGAAGUAACAGAUAUCUCUGGGUCAAAACAGAACCAUACAAUCAGCAAAAACCCUCCAGCAAAUUUGCACCUCGUGGUGCCAGCAUCUAAGGCCGAUGUCAACCUCUGCAAAGUCAUGGUCAGCGCGGGAAUUCUGGGCUAUCCCGAUCCUGUUGUCGUGAAUUGGGGAGAAGACUUUGACGAUCCAAAGUAUGUCGAAGGUGGUUCCCACUUGGCCAAGGUGACUGGAAUAGCACAAUAUUUCAACCACCUUGACCCGGCAAAGGAUGAUGACCUGGUACUCAUGAUAGAUGGCUACGAUAUUUGGCUUCAGCUCCGGCCUCAGACACUGGUAGAUCGCUACUUUGCUGUCAACAAGCGAGCAGACGAACGCAUAGCCAAGGAACUUGGAACUGCUGCGAAGGAGCACAAUAUUCAUCAAGAGAUCAUCUUUGGGUGCCAGAAGCGCUGCUGGCCAUGGACAGAGAAGGAUCCGCCUUGCUAUGCUGUGCCGUUCUCCAGUCUUCCUGAAGACGUUUAUGGCCCGGAAACAGAUACAGACAUUGGAAACCAGGCGAACCCUUUCAUCAAGAUUCGCCCGCGCUUCAUCAAUUCGGGCGUGGCAAUGGGAACUGUCAAGGCGAUGCGCAAAAUGUUCAACCAGGCUCGCGACCUUCUCACAAAUGACCCCUUCGAGGCGAACAUGGGCUCAGACCAGUACAUCUUCUCCCACAUUCUCGGAGACCAGGAAGUCUGGCGUGAAGCUUUACGUCAAGACUCGCGCAACAACCUCCAAAAGAUGAAAGAAAAACUGGAAGGCGGAUACGAACCUCUGCACCCCUUCGUCCCAUCCCAUGUAGAAGAAGUCCGAAAGAAAGCCGCUCUCCGCCCAGACAAAAAUUUCGAGUUCGGCAUCGGUCUCGACUACAGAAUGGAAAUCGGACUCAACACAGUCUUCUCCGAAGAUGACACAGCCUGGCUACACUGGAACGACACAACAGAGCUCGAACUAGCCGAACAACGCGAAAACAUUCCUCCAACGCAUCCUUACGGAGUCACAAAUCAGACUCUCGCAAAGGAUAUCACAGACACACAGCCCCCGUUCUGGACCUUCAACCACGAUCCCAAAUUCCCACGCUGGAUGAACUGGACCGAAGUCCCAUUGUUCACGAACAUCUGGACAGGAAUUGUCCCCGCAGUCAUCCAUCACAAUGCACACAGAGACGGCCGCAAAGCUUUACGAGAGACGUGGUGGAAUGAAACUUGGUACGCGGGCUACACGAGAUAUCUGUACGAUGCGCAUAUUUGGGAACCCGUCAUGCCGAUUGCGUAUGGAGGUUACGAUGAAGAUAGCAUGAGGCAGUACUGGCCGGAUGAGAGAUGGAGAGGGGGUGGAAGGGUACCUUCCGCGAACCCGGAGGAAGACGAUUUCCAAUCAAGAUGGAUCAAAUUUGAUGAGAUCUGCAGACCAUUUCAUGAGGAAAUAUUUAGGGAUGGGAGGGGUGAGUGGAUUUUACCAGAUGUUCAUUAACUUAUGCUCCGUGUAGCAAGUAGACCAAGAUACUUCCAGCCAUUUGGGUA